AUGGAUUUAAUCCAAAUUCCGUCAAGAUGUUUUGAACCUGAAACUUCUUGGCUUUUUGAGCUAAAUUUAUUUUCAUCUUUUUUACGUUUCGAGGAAGGAGAAUUUUUUUUUCCUUUGGAGUGUAUUCUGAAUAAAGACGCCAGCUAUGAAAAUUUAUUGAGCCGGGAUAAAAAGCUCAAUAGACUUGCCAUCACAGACAUUUUGUCUGAAAAAAAAGAGCAAUAA